UGCAUUUAUCCGAAGAUGUUUUUGAUUGUGAAGAAAUUAUAAAUUCUGAAUUAAGAUUUUUGAAACCGCAUCACAGAGCCGGCUUAUCUGACAUAUUUACAGCUUCAGACAAUCUAUGGAUUCCUUUCAUGGGUUCUAUUCCCAGGUCUUCUUCUGAUACUGGUUCUAAGUAUUCUAUGGAGCAUAUAAAGAUUAUUGAGAAUGCAAGUGUAAGACUGAGAAAGAGCCCGUUUGAUAUUUUACUGGAAGAAUGGGGAACCUCAGGGCGAGUUCGUCCGAGACUUCAUGAUUUUAUUUGUAUUCUACAGACCUCAGCUCAAUUUAAUCAGGCUUUGCAUUAUGUGAAUACUGAGAUACUCAACGGGAUAGGAGUAGAUUUGUCUGAGUGCAGAAGUCAAACAACAAAGGAUGCUACAAAAUUCUGCUCUUCAGAUAAUAUUUCUAAAGAAUCUGAGAGUUCAGAUAAACUCUCACGUGAUGAGCUUACAGAUGAUUCUAAGAACGAACCAGUUCUGGAAGAGUCAGGUCCUGUUUCCUUGUCCACCGACUUGCCUAGGCUGACCUACAGCUUUCUUCACCAGAUAACAGAAUCAUUCUCAGAUAAACCGGUUUCAGAGGGAGGCACAAAGAUAGGAGAAGGUUCUUUUGGUAUUGUAAAUAAAGGCAGAAUGAACGGCCAACUAGGUAUCGAGGGUGAGGUUGCUGUGAAGAGAAUGAUGAAGGGAUCAGUUAGAAUUGAUUCACAGUUUGGAACUGAAAUAGAAUGUAUGCGGUAUGUACAGCAUGUGAACCUCCUUCAACUAUUGGCGUACUGCAACGACGGACCUGAGCUCUGUCUAGUGUACGAGUACAUGGCAAAUGGAAAUCUUGGAGACAGGCUUAGAUUAGAGCCAGGAGGAUCCGCUAAGUAUUUGACAGCAGUUCAACGAUUAAGCAUAGCGGUGGGAGCAGCUGAAGGGUUAAGCUAUCUUCAUAAUCAUUCACACAGCAAAGUAUUAGUGCAUCGAGAUGUUAAACCGGAAAAUAUUCUUCUUGACUCUGAUCUCAGACCUAAGAUUAGUGAUUUUGGUCUAGUUCGGUUAACUGGGGAGGGAGAUUUUGGUCUAAGUGUAGAUCAAACCAAUACCCUCAUGGGUACACCACUUUAUAUGGCGCCGGAGGCAAUGCGAGGAGAAGUAUCAGAUAAGAUGGAUGUUUACAGUUUUGGAGUUGUACUUUUAGAAAUCAUAACAAGCAUCCCAGCAAUAGGAAACAGUAAGACCAACCACCAAUCCCUGGUUUCUUAUAUAGAAGAUGAAGACGAUAUUUCAGACCUAAUGGACCGUGCAUUUUCCGAGGUUAGUAGUAUAUCUCCUAAAUCUAUACUUCUGGUAGCGCAACAGUGCCUUAACUUGAACCGACGGAAAAGACCACCAAUUGAAGAUGUGAAAUGUCAACUGAAACUACUGAUGUAAGUUAAAUCUAUUAAAACAGAUGAUACUGUC